CGUGCGGAAACCACGAGACACUCGCACAUGCCAGGCCUGGCGGUUCCCGCAAUGAAGCCGACAGUGUUCUACUUCCCUUUCCGGGGCCGCGCCGAGCCCAUCCGGCUGGCACUGGCGGCCAAGCUCGGUGUUGAGUUUGAGGUGCAAGGCAUUGACUAUGGCGAGAUGAAGAGCAACCUCGAACUCUACCCCUUUGCCCAGUGCCCCAGGCGCGUGUCCACCCUGUUGCGGCCCUGCUCGCAGCCCUGCUUGCAGGAGGUGCCUCAGCUGAGGUAUGCCGACGAUGAGGUGGACAUCUGCCAGUCCACCACCAUCCUGCACCACAUUGGGCGCAAGCACGGAAUGUAUGGCACCGGGCUGAAGCAGGCGGCGGCCAUCGAUAUGAUUGUGGAUGGUGUGGAGGCAGUGAAGCGCAAGUACUUGGACCUCAUAUACACAGACCAGCUGUCUGAAGAGGCCAAGGCAGCCUACUGGACCGCGCACAUCGACCCCACCACCACCGGUGGCCGCAACACGGGCGCCCACUUUGCCUACCUCUCCAAGCUGGUGGCAAAGUAUGGCAGCGGCGGCUGGGCGGUGGGCAGCGCAGUGAGCAUCGCCGAUGCCACGCUUUACAACAUGACGGACCUCCACCUGAGGGUCUGGGCUGACAAGUUUGCAGCGGAGUACCCCGACCUGGCAGCUCACCAUGCGCAGUUUGCAGCCAUCCCGGGCGUCAAAGCGUACCUGGACAGCCCGCUGUGCCACGCUGUCGCAAACAAGAACAACCUGGGGUGA